GCGUACGACACAUUCGCGGCAGUAUUACGGCGUCCGCAGUGGUACGACGUACGGCUGUCGACAUGGACGCGAAGCCCGCGGAUCACCGAAAGACCAAACGCGAUUUCCGAUACGCCGAAUCUCAGCUCCGGAAUCUCAACACGAAAAUCGACAAACUGUUGAACAAACUAGACGAGAAAGAACAAGACGAAGCGAAAACGCCGGAAGAAGAGUGCGUGAUAUGCGUCAACUCGAAGGCGACGAUGCAGACUUGGCCGUGCGGUCACCGGGUGGUGUGCCGCAAGUGUCUGGUGCGCACCAUCCAGAUAGCCGUGUCCCGGCGGUCGUUGCCGUUGCGGUGCGUCGUGUGCCGCGCCCGGGUGUUGCGCCUCAAGCGGUCGUCGGACUCGCGAGGCACGUCCACGGUGGCCGCGGCGGCGGCGGCGUCGGAGAGCGGCCGUGAUGGGUCCACUGCGGCCGGCCGGUCGCACAGCUUGCCGACGAAACUGCGGCGGCACGCGACCGCCGCCGUGGCCGUCCGGUCGCGAUCUGUGGGCACCGGCAAGACGGGCCCCGUGCGACGGACGACCAGCAACGGUGGCAACAGUGGCGGCGGCGGACGGCGGUACAACUUUGCCGGUUGGGCCGACGCGUUCGCCACUGACGACGACGACGAAGACGACGAAGACUACGACGACGGCAGUGGCGUUGGCGGAGGUGGUCACGACCAACUGCACUCCACUUCCGUUAAAUACAGCAAACUGGAAACGACGGCGGACCGGACGAGACACGACAAUCAAUCGAAAAACGGUCUGCAGAGGAUACUCGGUAAAUUCAAAUUCUGGCGGUUUUUACGCUUUAAAAACAACAAACCGUAGUUGGAUCACGGUACACCACCAGACGAUUUAUAUUAUUAUAAUUUUUUUUUUUGGGUAGGUAUUAUUAUUAUUAUUAUAUAGUUACGACCACGUAGAGCGCACUGUGUUUACUAUAAUUGAGACGGGGUGUUUGUAACCAGUGUUGGUAACCGAUGACUUAAAUUAUACUAUAAAUAUUUUAUCAUGUACAUACCUACGUAAUAUUAUUAAUAUAAUAUAAUGAUAUUGUAUUUAAAUCGUUUGAUUUUCGAUAAGCUCCAUCGUAUUUUUU